AUGGAGGAGCAAGAGGAUGAAGAUAUGGACGAGAAGUUGAUCCAAAUCCUCGAUGAAACCGUAUACCUCUCUUCUCAGUUACCUCCGUCUGCUCGAGCUACUUUACCGGUUCCGGCGCCGGAGAUACCCACCAUUCCAUCGUCUUUACAAUGUGCAGGACAACCAAGUAAAAUCCCAGUUCGUGAUCCUUUCAGUAGUUACUCUCCACCGAGAGUACUCUCUCAAAGAGUAAGCGUUCCCAAUGGCCCCUUCGUCGGUUACUCCAACUCUACGGUGGCUAUCAGACCAGAUUCUCCCACUUCUUCGAACAAGGAUCUCGAAAUCGAUCGGCUAAAGAAGGAGCUAGGACGUGUCUCGAAGCAACUGAUGGAUAUGGAACAAGAAUGUUCUGAGCUUAGAAAGAGGAAUAACAAAGAGACACUGACCAAAAGUAAAGGGCAAUGUGCUACACUUCAUGCUUCUAAAAGAACAGAUUUGGAACCAGAUGGUGCAACUUCAGUAAAUGAUAGAGGAACCGACUGUACGACAACGGGGUUAGAAGAUAAAAGAAGCUUCAAGACCACUGGUGUUCAGGCAGAUCUGGCCAAUCAUGCUGACCUUUCAAAGAAACUUCUAGAUAUCUGGCGCACCUCAAACUAUCAGGAUCCGAGAAAAAAUUUGAUCUCAGAGUUGCUACUUGCUUGCUCGACCGAUCUCCAGAUUCUCUUUAGCUUUAUGAAAACCAGUACGCCUUCCCAGGAAAAAGAAAAACAGGCAGCCAAAACCUCGUCGAACAUGCAAUCUUCUAAAGGAUUAGAAUCUGAAAAAGUAAAUAAUUUGUACUCUGCUGUGACAAAGAUCAGCUAUGGGUUUGUAAAUUUGAAUACCUUGGUUGAACCACUUCUUGAUCUUUGCAAAGUGGAAAAUGCCGUUCUUGUUCAUAGAUCUCUCCAUGUACUACAUGUGCUGUUGGAACAUAUAUCUGGUGAUGAAAUGAGAUUUGAAGCCAGGGACAAUAUUACAGGUGAGGAGGCCAGCGCUUGUGAGAUUGCCCAAUUGCAUGGAUAUAAAGGUAGAAGCAAGACUAAUUUGAGCAUUGGAGACUCAGUUUACUCAAGUAAUACCUCAUUUAGGGGGAAAUCUGAUGCAGAGUCAAGCAAGAAGAAUCACAGAGAUACUGAUAACGCUCAGCCAAGUUGGGAUGCAAACUGGCAUUCUCUGUUUAAAUUGAUGAAUGAAAUUGCUAGUAGAAGAACCGAAGCGGAUGUGAAGCUGGAAGCAGUGUCGAUCAUGAACAUAAUCUUGAUGAGAACUGAUGCUCUUACCGAGAGAGAAACUUUUGUCUCUGACGAAAUGUUUAAGAGCAUUUCAUUACUUUUAAGAAAAGAAGUUGGCUUACAUGUGCGGAAAGGAGCUAUUCAACUUUUCUACUUGCUGCUAAACUGCCCGAAACUACUAGCUAGAUUUGAUUCUUUCCAUGAGGAAAAGAAAUCUCCAGCUUCUGGAAACGACGUCGAAGGAAAUCUCUUUUCUUUGGAAGCAGUUGGUAUGAUCUUUGAAGGUCUAGCAGGUUGUCUGACUUCUCCCAGAAAGACAUCAGAGGAUCUGGAGCUAUGCCGGAAUGUAAUAAUGAUCUUGGCUUUAGUAGCUUCUUCAGGAAACUCUGGCUACGAACUACUCUCGAGUCAUAAACUACCACAAGACACCAACUUUUUAAUGCUGAUACUUCAUCUUUUAGUAGCAGAAAUGGACUCGGAAACAACAGGGUUUCAACCAAACGCAGAAAUAUUCAAAGCAAGGACACUAUUGAUGAGAGAGAUACUGAUAUUACUAAACAGACUUGUCUCUGGUCCUUCUAGCUCUUCUACUAUUCUAAGGGAAUUAACAAAGAGCAGAGACAUGGCGAGUCUAACUGUUGAUGCAGCGACAAGAUUAUCCCGUAGAAGAAACUUACUUGGACAACCUCAAAACAAUGUUCAAAGAAUAAGAGACUCAGAAAUCACGGAUUUAGCGCGCAUUUUCAAGAGACGGGUUUUUGCCUUCUUAGGUGACAAUACUUCAUAA